AUGAAGGAGCAUCAUACAUCGUUCUCAGGUUCUUUUGCACUGCUGAAAACGCAGUUCGAACAAACAUCAUCUGCGACGGAAUCAGCUAUUUUAGCCGGGAUUGAUAGUUUGGCUCCACAGAAUUUGGGUUUGAUGAAGGCUUUGGAGCAGCAUUCGGAAUCACAUCAGACUCGAGCAGCGACACUCGAAAGCGAUGUAAGGAGCAUUCAGUUGAGCCUCAUGCAGAGCCCGAGCCUCUUUAGGAAGACUCGUGACGAAUUCAAAGACCUUGAGCUUAAUAAUGCGGCAAAGAAUAUAGCCCACAGAACAUUUAUGAGUCCCUUAACUAUUCGAAAGACGAGGAUGGGAAAGAUCUACACUUGCCGAUUUCGGGCCAGCAGCCAACGAUACUCGAGCUCGCAGAACAGUAAUUUGAGAGAGUCUUCAUGGACUGUCUCCCUACGCACGGCGAAUGUAUGUCAUCAUCAUGACUGCCCCCAUUCUGCUUGGACAGAAUCCUCCUGGAGCUUGAGCUUUCGUCUAGCCUAUUGCAACAGGCUACUGGCAAGCGCGCUGCAAGCUACCGUAUCCUUCACAAAUGGAGCUGGAGGCAUGUCUUUGAGCCCGACCAUGAGUCUCACAAAUUUAGUAUCCUCUGAUUCUCCUGCGUUUGCCUUGAUUAGAGACCCUAUCCCGAGGGGAAUGUCUGCAAAUGACAUAGAGGCUGUCGUCAAUCAGCGAGUGCAGAGCUUACGGCAGGUGUUCCAAGACCGUAAGGCAUCUCAUUAG